AUGACUUUCACUUGCGAACGUGUCCAGCCUACCGCUCCACAGCUGUAUAUUGCAGUUCCCCAGCUGAUCUCACACGUGGACUGGCCUCACUGGUCAAACUACAACAGAAGGCUCGUCAAGGUCUGCGGCGUCUGGGAAUACUGCAAUCCCGAAAUGACCAAAUCCGAGUACAAUGGCCAGCUCGUCGAGCUUCCCUUCAUACGAAUCCCACCCGAGAUCAGCGACUUCCGAAAAGAUCUCACCUCGAUCUCGGACCUCGAGGACUCGGAUAUCGAUCGCCUGACGGAUGCAAUCCACCAGUACAAGCAAGGCAAGAUUGCAAAUGGUCAUAGAAGUACGGCCCUCGACACCAUCCGCGGCAUAAUCGUCGUUUCCGUGGUGAGACCGACCCAUGACGAGAACAAGAGCAUUGAAGAAGAUACAGAAAGAGCUCGGCAUGUCCUUGUACGGACCCAGGAUCCAGGUAACGAGGAGAUAGUCGGGACCCAGUCGGUCAACAGCUCGAGAUGGUGCACAUAUGAAGAAGAGGCCAUUGCAGCCAAGUCACUGCGCAGCUCGAGAUGGCGCGCAGAUUCACGAAACAACACUCAAGGAUGGAGUUCAGAAGAAGGAGUGGUCACUAGAACGGUGCCAAUCUGCAGCUCGAGAUGGUGCGCUUUCGAGAAGGAGGUCAUUGGAGCAGAGACCGCUGAUCUAGACGCUACUGAAUCCGAGACGGUCUGCAGCUCGGUAUAG